ACACCGUGCAUAUCAUGUUGAAGAUGAGCGGGUGGCAGCGACAGAGCCAAAAUCAGAGCCGGAAUCUGAGGCGAGAGUGUUCAAGAAGGAAGUGUAUCUUCAUACAUCACCACACCUGAAAGCAGUAUAUCCUUUUUCAGAGCCUGAUCCAGCUGCAGCGAUGGCAGCCGAGUCUUUGCCUUUCUCCUUCGGGACACUGUCCAGCUGGGAACUGGAAGCCUGGUAUGAGGACCUGCAGGAGGUGCUGUCCUCAGAUGAAAAUGGGCGUGCCUAUGUCUCACCCCCUGGAAAUGAGGAGG